UCCGCCGCCGCCGCCUCGCCCUCGGCGUCCUGCGCGCGCAGGCUCGGCCGGGCGCUCAACUUGCUCUUCUACCUCGCCCUGGUGGCGGCGGCCGCCUUCUCGGGCUGGUGUGUCCACCACGUCCUGGAGGAGGUCCAGCAGGUCCGGCGCAGCCACCACGACUUCUCCCGGCAGCGGGAGGAGCUGGGCCAGGGCGUGCAGGGCGUCGAGCAGAAGGUGCAGUCUCUGCAGGCCACCUUCGGGACUUUUGAGUCCAUCCUGAGAAGCUCCCAGCAUAAACAAGAUCUCACCGAGAAAGCCGUGAAGCAGGGGGAGAGUGAGAUCAACCGCAUCAGUGAAGUUCUGCAGAAGCUGCAGAAUGAGAUUCUCAAAGACCUCUCGGAUGGGAUCCACGUGGUGAAGGACGCCCGGGAGCGGGACUUCACCUCCCUCGAGAACACGGUGGAGGAGAGGCUGACAGAGCUCACCAAGUCCAUCAACGACAACAUUGCCAUCUUCACCGACGUCCAGAAGAGGAGCCAGAAGGAAAUCAACGACGUGAAGGCCAAGGUUGCCUCUCUGGAGGAGUCCGAGGGCUACAAGCAGGAUUUGAAAGCCCUGAAGGAAGUUGUGGAGGAAAUCCAAACCUCUAUGAAGUUCAAGGAGAAGGACAUUGAGGCCCUGAGAAGCUCCCUCCAGACCGUAGAGUCUGACGUCUACACCGAGGUCAAAGAGCUGGUGAGCCUCAAGCAGGAGCAGCAGAAGUUCAAGGAGGCGGCCGAUUCCGAGCACCUCACCUUGCAGGCCCUCACGGAGAAGAUUCUACAGUCGGAGGAGUCCACUUCCCGCCUCCCCGAGGAGAUCAGGAGACUCGAGGAAGAGCUACGCCAACUGAAGGCCGAAUCCCUCAGGCCUGAAGACGAUGGAGCUUUCAAAAGCUCCGAUGCCUUCGAGGCGCUCCAGAAAACGAGUCAGGGACUGGACUCCAGGCUGCAGACCGUGGAAGAUGGAGUCCACGCCGUGCGGUCGGCCUCUGCGCGGCAGACCGAGAGCCUGGAGUCCCUCCUGGCCAGGAGCGAGGAGCUGGAGCAGCGCCUGGCCGCCCUGCAGGAGCGCGUGCAGGGCCUGGGCUCCCCCUCGGAGGGGGAGCAGGCCGGCCUGGCCAGCACGGUGAGGAGCCUGGGGGAGGCCCAGCUGGCGCUGUACGGCGACGUGGAGGAGCUGAAGAGAAGCGUGGGCGAGCUCCCCAGCACCGUGGAGGCGCUCCAGAAGGUGCAGGAGCAGGUGCACACGCUGCUGGGUCAGGACCAGGCCCGGGCGGCCCCCGUGCCCCCUCAGGACUUCCUGGACAGACUUUCUUCUCUAGACAACCUGAAAGCCUCAGUCAGCCAAGUGGAAUCGGACUUGAAAAUGCUCAGGACUGCCGUGGACAGUUUGGUCGCCUACUCAGUGAAGAUUGAAACCAACGAGAACAACCUGGAGUCCGCCAAGGGCUUGCUCGAUGACCUGAGAAGCGAUCUGGAUAGGUUGUUCGUGAAAGUUGAAAAGAUUCAUGAAAACCUGUAAAUGAAUUGUGGGUGCAGGGCGUGGAUUUCAAGUCCAAUUUCUCAUGACCAAAAAAUGUGUUGUUUUCUCCCUCGUGCCCCUCACCCCACGUUUUUGCACCCCCCCUCCGGCCCCCAGAGCCUGGGACGCCACCUGGCACACCAAGCCGUUUUGUAUUUUUGAGCCCAGUUAAUUUAUUUACGAUUGUUACCACACACCACUGGUUUCUCAAGUUUUCUGCUUCUGCUUUUGGUGGGUUUCCUGAAGGCCCAGCCCCUGCGAAUCAGAGGUGCUUUUUAGAAGGGAUGUCCCUAGUGUCAGAGAAUAACAGUAAUGGCUUCCACCGAGGAUUAACAGAAGCAGAUUAACUCUAACCUCAGAAAACCCUGCUCGGCUGCAGAUUUCAAGUAAAAAAAGUGGGGGAGGAGGCACGUUUCUUUCUAAUUGUCUUUAAGGAACAUUAAUUUUACUUUAUUUUUUUUAUACUUCUGGCCGAAGUUUUCAUGAGAUGUCACUCACUUCUUGUCUUCCACUUCAAACUGGUUGAAACUCAUACACGUCAGCUCUGAAUCGGGAGGGGGACAAGCCCCUCGGUUUUUAGUUGAAAAGAAUCUGCUGCUUGACGGUCGCCUCCCGUGGUGUGGGUGUCUUUUCCAUUCCUGAAUCAUCUUGUGAUCUCAAAGGUAACUAUGCAAAGAAUCCAGACGGUUCUGAAUGUGAAGGCACAACACCCCACAGGGUGGCCGACCUGUGUCACCUCUUGGUAGGGUCCCCACAUAACGCGUAGAUUUAGAACCCCUGAAAGAGGAGUCCUCAGAUUCUUUCAGGAAAUGUAUUAUGAGAGCUGUCCACAGAGGCACGGGCUGUCUUCCAGGGGAGUGGAGGCCACGUCUCUUUAUUUUAUCAGGAUGUCCGUGAAGAGGUUUGCUGUCAGAGCAGACCCCUGUCUGUCAGUGAGGAGUGUGUGCAUUUUCUGUAGUUGUUCUGUUUCCCUUCCCCUCUGAGCUGUACUGUUCUUUAAUGGCUGUCUUGCCCUUCAAAAAAGAAAAAAAGAAAAGAAAAAGAAAAGAAAAAAAAAAGAUUUGUUUAGUUUACUGUGAAAUGAACUGUAUGGCUUAUUUACAGUAUUUUUAAUUCUUAAUAAACACUUGAGCUUUGUUA